CAAAAAAAACGCAAAAUUAUUUGCGCAUAUAUUCAGCAUUCAGUGUAUAAUUUAAAGUGGCCAUAGACACAGUCUCAGGCUCUCUCACACACACACUUUGAAAAGAUUAUGAGCAAAUUGUGUGCGGGACUCGCAGCAGCAGCAUUAAGUGUUGAUUGUGUGCGGCGCUCUAUUAGACCCACCGCCACCUCCCCCUGCUCAGUUCUGGUGAAUGUGUGGACAGGCUCUGUGGCUGCUUGCUUGGUUGGUUGACUGCCUCGCAGAAAAAUCAAGCAAACUCAGUUCGUUGCGAGCGUGAGCGCGUCUGCUGCCUGCCUGCUGACUGCCUUAGACUCAGCCUCAUGGCCCAGUUGAAUACUUAGCUGUUGAAUAUUUGCAUGCAAAUCAAGGCGAUAAAAACCACACGAUAUAUAACACUGCAACAACACUACAACAACAGCAACAACAAUGCACAGCAAAGUGAUAGAGAAAUGUAUAAACUGCUCUGGUGAUUAUUGCAAAUAUCUUGCUGUGAAAAAGUGAAAACUCCCCCCAGAGCCAUGAAAUAAAGUUAUAAACAUAAGUAUCAACGUUCAAGUAAAGCGACACUCAGGACUAAAAUAAACACACACACACACACACAUAUAUAAACAGGCUACAAUAUGGCAGACUCUGCCGCUGCCGCUGCCGCCGCCAAUGACAAUGACAAUGAAGUCAUUGACGAAGAGGAAGAGACCACAGAAACAACAAAGAAAACUUCAGAAUGGCGCAAAACGCGCUCCACCAAGACUUCGUCCACCACAAAGACAACUACGCUUACUACGCCGGCCAAGUUAUAUGGCAAGGAUUUGAGCGAGUACGAUGAUGUGGAUGUGGAGAGCUUAUUGGCGCAGCUCUCGCCCGAAGAGAUAACCAUACUCGCCAAAGAAGUUGAUCCCGAUGACAACUUUCUGCCACCGAAUCAGCGCUGCAGCUAUGAAUGCACCAAGGAUGCCACCGGGCCGCUGAAUCGCAAACAGCUCAUUGAGCACAUUAACAAGCAGGCCAUUGAGACGCCAGAUCAGCCAGAGUUUGAGCCUUUUGUUGCGGGCACAGUGCGUGGCAAGAAGUGGGUGCCACCGCCACGUGAUGCGCGUGACAUUGAGGUGGAGGAACAAAUUGCCAUUGAUAUGGGCGAGGAGUACGAGCAUGCCUUGAACGAUGCCACACAGGAGGAGAUCAUUGACUUGGCUGCCAUUUUGGGCUUCCAUUCGAUGAUGAACCAGGAUCAAUACCACGCAUCGCUGCUCAACAAAGGCCAACCCGUUGGCAUGGGCUGGGACGGCAUUACAAAGUCCACACAGCAGAAGCUGUACCCCAUGGACCCGCCCAACAAUACAGAUGUCGAGGAGUCGAUUAAGCGCGUCAAGGACGACGACAACAAACUGAUCGACUUGAAUCUGAAUAACAUUAAAAAUAUAUCGGAUGAGAAGCUCGAACAACUCAUUGCGGCACUGCCUCAGAAUGAACAUUUGGAAGUUCUAUCGCUGACGAAUGUCGGCCUGACCGAUAAGACAGCUCUCCUGCUCGCCGAAGCGAUUGAGAAAAGCAAAACCCUGAGAGUAUUAAAUGUUGAAACCAACUUUAUCAGUCCGCCCGUUAUUGUCAGGCUGGUACAAGCCCUGCUCAAGUGUCACACCAUCGAGGAGUUCAGAGCCUCCAAUCAGCGAUCUGCGGUGCUGGGCAAUAAGAUUGAAAUGGAGAUCACCAAUUUAGUGGAGAAGAAUCCUUCGCUGCUGCGUCUGGGCUUGCAUCUGGAGUUCAACGAUGCGCGUCAUCGCGUGGCCGCGCAUCUGCAGCGCAACAUCGACAGAAGUGAAUUGCAACAAGGUACGUUAGCUUCCCGCGCCGCCGCCGACGCCUCCUCAUCAUCAACUUCAUCAUCCCCAUCAGCAUCGGCAUCAGCAUCAGCAUCUCGUUCAUCUGCUGUCAUUUCACCCACCAAGGCCAAAAGCUUGGCUGCUUUCGAGCAGUUUGUCUCCGCUCGCACUUGGACUAAUGCAACAGACUCUGUUCCAUCAGGGCGCCUAGUGCGCAAUCAACAGUUGAACUCAUCAUCAUCAGCAGCAGCAGCAGCAGUAGCAGCAGUCGAAGUCACUGCCUCCACCUCUGCAGCUGCCUUGGCUCGACUGUAUGCCAACAACGAGAAGCAAAUCUAAAGCCGAGCAGUGUUGGUAACAAACAAAACAAACCAACUUUAUACGUUUUCAACAUUUCGUUGUCCUUUUUCUUUUGUGGUAACCAGGUAAAAUGUUUUCGUUCGUCUGCCCUCUCCGACGUCUUUUCUUUAACCACAGCAAACUCUCUCUCUUACCAUGAAACGUUCUCAUUGCGUUCACGUUCUCGUUAUCACCACUCGUUACAUUGCGUUCGCUCGUUCAUUCGUUACGUUGCGUUACUCGUUUUGUCACUUAGUGAGCUACAUAUAGAUUUAAAUGAAUAUUGUACAACUUAAGCCGAGUUUAUAAACAAUAGGGUGCCAUCGAUUUUUAUGAGACCAAAAGAAAUGAAAAAUGGUAUCUCAUAGUCAUAAUAUUGAUCAUUUACAUGGAUGAAAAUGAGUCCUUAAGCACAUUUGAUCCUUUGAUUCGAUGGAAUUUUGAAAGUCGGGAUCGGAUUAUUCCAUAAUUUUCAACUAAAAUACUAAAACUAUGGUUUCAUGAUGAAAACAUCUUAGAAUUGACUAUGCGGUACCAUUUUUUGUGUUCAAAAU